CUAGCUAAGCAGCUUCAGUGGCUCAGUCUGGCUGGGGAGAGCAAGUAGGCAGGCAUCGUCCCCCCCUCCCCCGCCCCUACUCUCCAACUUUCUAAACAGAGAAAAGUUUGGAAGAGGAGGAGGCGGCCGGCGGGAGCUGUAGUGAUCCUGGGGCGAGGGGAGGGGGGGAAACCUGUGACCGAAAGUGGAGGGGGGGGGCGGCCAGCAUGCGGCCCCCCAGCGCCCUGCCCCGUCUGUUGCUGCCUCUGCUGCUGCUCCCCGCCGCCGGCCGGGCCCAGUUCCACGGGGAGAAGGGGAUCUCCAUCCCGGACCACGGCUUCUGCCAGCCCAUCUCCAUUCCGCUGUGCACGGACAUCGCAUACAACCAAACCAUCAUGCCCAACCUGCUGGGCCACACGAACCAAGAGGACGCUGGGCUCGAGGUGCACCAGUUCUACCCACUGGUGAAGGUGCAGUGUUCGCCGGAGCUGCGCUUCUUCCUGUGCUCCAUGUACGCGCCCGUGUGCACCGUCCUGGAGCAGGCCAUCCCACCGUGCCGCUCCAUUUGCGAGCGCGCCCGCCAGGGCUGCGAGGCGCUCAUGAAUAAGUUCGGCUUCCAGUGGCCCGAGCGCCUACGCUGCGAGCAUUUUCCCCGCCACGGAGCCGAGCAGAUCUGCGUGGGCCAGAAUCACUCCGAGGACGGCGGGCCGGCGCUGCUCACCACCGCCCCCCCGGGACUGCAGCCUGGAGGAGGCGGCACCCCGGGAGGCCCCGGCAGCGGCGGAGGCGGUGGUGGCGCUGGGGGAGGCUCCCCACGCUAUGCCACCUUGGAGCACCCUUUCCACUGCCCGCGGGUACUCAAAGUACCCUCCUACCUCAACUACAAGUUCUUGGGAGAGAGGGACUGCGCCGCCCCCUGCGAGCCGGCGCGCACAGACGGCUCCAUGUUCUUCUCGCAGGAGGAGACGCGUUUUGCCCGCCUGUGGAUCCUCACCUGGUCCGUGCUCUGCUGCGCUUCUACCUUCUUCACCGUCACCACCUACCUGGUGGACAUGCAGCGCUUCCGGUACCCCGAGCGGCCCAUCAUCUUCCUCUCGGGCUGCUACACGAUGGUGUCGGUGGCCUACAUCGCGGGCUUCGUGCUGCAGGAGCGGGUGGUUUGCAACGAGCGCUUCUCUGACGACGGCUACCGCACGGUGGUGCAGGGCACCAAAAAGGAGGGCUGCACCAUCCUAUUUAUGAUGCUUUACUUCUUCAGUAUGGCCAGCUCAAUCUGGUGGGUUAUCCUCUCUCUCACAUGGUUCCUAGCCGCUGGUAUGAAAUGGGGCCACGAAGCCAUAGAGGCCAACUCUCAAUACUUUCACCUGGCAGCCUGGGCUGUGCCAGCCGUGAAGACUAUCACCAUCCUGGCCAUGGGACAGAUCGACGGCGACCUGCUGAGCGGGGUCUGCUUCGUGGGACUCAACAGCUUGGACCCGCUGCGGGGCUUCGUGCUGGCGCCACUCUUCGUUUACCUGUUCAUCGGCACCUCUUUCCUGCUGGCUGGUUUUGUGUCCCUUUUCCGUAUCCGCACUAUCAUGAAACACGAUGGUACCAAGACCGAGAAGCUGGAGAGGCUCAUGGUGCGUAUCGGUGUUUUCUCCGUGCUCUACACGGUACCGGCCACCAUCGUCAUCGCCUGCUAUUUCUACGAGCAGGCGUUUCGGGAGCAUUGGGAACGCUCUUGGGUCAGUCAGCACUGCAAGAGUCUCGCCAUCCCGUGCCCGCUGCAGUACACCCCGCGCAUGUCCCCCGACUUCACCGUCUACAUGAUCAAAUACCUCAUGACCCUCAUCGUGGGCAUCACGUCGGGAUUCUGGAUCUGGUCUGGCAAGACUCUCCAUUCAUGGAGGAAGUUUUACACCCGGCUCACUAACAGCAGACACGGGGAGACUACCGUCUGAGGACACCGCACCUCCCUCCCAUCCCAUCCCUGCCCCUCUCCCCCUCUUCACCUCUCUCCAGCCCUCCCCCCCCCACCUCUGUCCUUGGGGAAAGUGCGGAUCCAGGGUGUGAGCAAGAGUGACUUUCUGACCAAGGGGUGAGAGUGGGGAGGGGGUGGGGAAGGCCCACAAACUUAUUUUAUUUUUUUAAAAUAAAUCUAAACCAUUUUUGGGUUUUUUAGGUCGUAUUUUCCCCAAAAAACUUUUUGCACCCUUCCCCCAAGGCUUGUAAUUAAAACUGUAAAUAGUCUUUGUAAAUUUAAUUAUAUAUUUUAUAUUUAAAAAGAAAAAAAAGGAAAAAAAAGACCAGCGAGAGACACCGCAGGCUGGGUAAUUGUGGGGGGGGGCAAGGUGACCCCUUUUUUGAUACCCUCCCUUUCCCUCUAAGGUACGAAGUUUUUGGUGAUUUGGCAGGGCUGGGCCUGUCGGAGGAGCCACCAAGACUGAAUGCUGUUUUUGUUGGCUGUGAGGGAUUUCUUGCAGUUGAACUUCUGUAAAAGUCAAAUUUUGUGAGCCUUUCCCCUGACGCCCGAGCUGUGGAAGCUGUUCUGUAUUAACGGACAAGACUUGGAUGAAUAUUUUGUUCUCUCUCUCUCUCUCUCUCUCUCUCUCUCUCUCUCUCUCUCUCUCUCU